AUGGUCCGUAUAAGGGACAGAGGUGGCGGUAUCCCACCUGAACUCCAGGCUAGUGUUAUGGACUUUGCAUAUUCCACAUAUGAAGAGAACGAAGGAACGGGAUUUGCAACCCUUAAUUCGCCUCCUGGCGGUAGUUCCAUUGCAGGACUUGGAUAUGGACUGCCUCUUAGUAAGGCAUAUGCCGAGUUUUUUGGUGGUAGACUUCAAAUCCAGAGCUACCAUGGAUGGGGAACUGAUAUCUAUGUCACCCUUAAAAGUCCUGUAAAUCUCUACGUUGGACAUGGACCGGGCCAAACUGGCGUUCACGGUUCUUACUCCAUGACAGACUAUGCCAUGUAA